AUGUCCCUUUUUCCUUUACUUUUUCAGAUUGAUGACGAUGUGCGACUCGAAGAUGAUUGGGUGCCUAUGGAAGAACAACUGGGAGCAGGACAGCUUGAGGAGGUUAUUCGGCAAAAGGAGGCGCAUUCCAGUGCUGUGGUUCUUGAGAUUGUUUACAUGUGCCAUGUUUUACUGAUUGGCGACAUUCUUGAUGCUGAUAUGAAACCUCCAGAAAACGUUUUAUUCGUAUGCAAGCUUAGUCCAGUUACUGAAGAUGAGGAUUUGAAUACAAUCUUUUCACGCUUUGGAACUGUAGUAUCUGCUGAGGUGAUCCGUGAUUUUAAAACUGGUGACAGCUUAAACUAUGCUUUUAUCGAAUUCGAAACAAAUGAGGCCUGCGAGCAAGACUAUUUUAAGCCCAUCUUUUGGCUUUUUGAUAAUGGUGAUUUUUUUGGCCGUGUUUCAUAUCUCAUGCAUUACAAAACUUUAAUGCAGAUGGAUAAUGCUUUGAUUGAUGAUCGGAGGAUACAUGUGGACUUUAGUCAGAGUGUUUCUAAGCUGUGGGGUCAAUACAGGCGUAAAGAGCAUCAAACUGGUAAAGGGAGAGGUUGUUUCAAAUGUGGUUCGCUUGAUCACAUGGCCAAAGAUUGCACUGGAGACCCUUCUGUGAAAGCAGAAACUCCAAAGUAUGUUCUAAAAGACGGGAAUACCCAGCGCGGUGGAAAUGAGAAGUAA